CACGGAAACUAUUGCCAGUGUUGUUAAACUCUGCGCGGACAGCUGUUUAUUACUUCAUCGCCGCAUAAAAGGCUUAAUAUUUAUCAACUGAAAAUGCAAGGUUCCCAAUAUUUGAAUCAAUUUCACACCGCCGACAAACUGGCUGAGGAGCCUUGGCCCGAAGAUGCCACCCUCUAUCAGCCUUUUGAGGCGGAACAAAUUCUAUUGCCAGAGAACGCUAGCUGCCUGGCUGUCAAGGCAUAUUUGAAAAUGUGUAAUCUGCCCUUUGGCGUUCGGUCUUGCGCAAAUGCGGAGCACAUGUCACCCGGCGGCCGGAUGACCAAAUUACCAUUUAUACGCGCGGGCGCCUUUAUUUUUGCCGAAUUUGAGCCAAUUGUGAACUUUGUGGAACAGAAGGACAUGGCAAUAGGCAGCUGGCAGGAUGAAGACGAGAAGGCGGAUAUGCGUACAUAUGUCUCGCUAGUGGAAAACAUCUUUACCAUGGCGGAAUUGUAUGUAAGCUUCAAGAACGAGCGCGUCUACAAGGAGAUAACAGCACCCCGCAAUGGAGCCGUAUACCCCUGGCCAUUAAACAUAAUGCAAAACUAUAGCAAACGUCGCAAUGCACUGCGCCAACUGAAGGUGUAUCAAUGGCACGAUCUGAGCAUCGAUCAUGUCAUCGAGAAAGUGGCCAAAUGCUGUGAGACGCUUGAAUAUAAACUGAAAGAAUCACCAGAUACGCCCUUCUUCUUUGGUGACCAGCCAUGUGAACUGGAUGCCAUUGCCUUUGGCCAUUUAUUCACCAUAUUAACAACGAGGCUACCCAACAUGGCGCUGGCACAAACAGUGCAAAAAUUUGGGCAUCUGGUGGCAUUUUGUCGCUUCAUCGAUGAGAAAUACUUUCAGAUGAGGUGCUUGCAAGACUAGUUAUUAGAUGGUUUUCACUGUUAUUAUUUUGUGCAUAUAGAAUAUAUGGCAAAAAUAUCUAUUUUCUUAAGCUUCCGAUAUUGUUGGCCCACAGCUUUAAUGAUUUUGUGUUAUGCAUUUAUACGCACAUGCCAAAACAAUCAACAUGAUUUAUACUUUUUGUUUUUGUUUUAUGCUCACGGCUUGGCUUCAGCAAACCCCAACUUCAAUUGUGGAAUAUUUCGACUUGAAUUAAUAACAACAUUUUUCUUACAGCAAAUAAACAAAUGUUACUGGGCGCGUCUAACAAAUAUAUUUAAUAAAUUUGUGUUCGUUUUCUUAAUCAUUUA